AUGUCUGUUUAUAAUCAUAGACCUAUUGCUCCCUCAAACCAGACGCGUUUAUUGGAGUUACUAGAGGCUGUUAAGGUUGAAUAUGACCAACUAAGUCAAGACGCUCAGUUAGCAAAGAGUCAAAGAGACGAAUAUGAACACAAAGUCAACAGCCAAAUACAAGAAAUGACCAUAUUUCAACAAACGCUAUUGGACUUAGAAAGAACACAACAAGUAUUGAAAAAGCAAUAUGAGGAAGAAGUUGCUCGAUUAAGACAACAACUGGAUCAAAUGCAACAUGGCGCAUUUCCCUCUGUAUCACCCUCAAAAGAUAUCAAGCCAUCACCUCCAGCACUUACCUCCAGCUCUCCUUUAGUUAAUGUGCCUCAUUUUGCUCCACCGAGCCGAGUUGCUGGCAAAAAAUCUCAACCCGCUUUAUCAGUCCAAACAACUGUACCCUUACAUGAUAUUGAUCCUGAUACGUUACCUGCUAAUAUGAAAGUGGAAGGACAAGACUGGUUUGCAUUAUUCAACCCAAAAGCAACCCGAUACCUUAAUGUAAGCCUUGUUCAUUCAUUAGAACAUGACAGUGUGGUUUGUUGUGUCAAGUUCAGUUUGGAUGGUCGACUUCUAGCCGCUGGUUGUAAUCAAGCAACUUAUAUCUAUAAUACCAUGCUUUCUACUCGGGUGGCUGUUCUUCGAGACGAAACAGCUGGUAGAGAUGGCGACUUGUACAUUCGAUCUGUUAGUUUUAGCCCAGAUGGAAAGUAUUUAGCCACAGGUGCGGAAGACAGAAAGAUUAGAGCAAGUAUUUAUAUUUGGGAAAUCGCAAAACCACAUAUUCGUUGUGUCUUGCAAGGCCAUGAACAAGAUAUUUAUUCACUUGAAUUUAGUCGAGAUGGACGUAUUCUUGUCUCUGGCUCUGGUGACCGCACCACACGUAUCUGGGACUGGAUGGAAUCCACCUGCUUACAUGUCUUGCGUAUCAAUGAAGUGGAUCAAAGCGAUCCUGGUGUGACAAGUAUUGCUAUCUCACCUGACAGUCGAUUGAUUGCAACAGGUAGUCUAGACAAAAUUAUUCGUGUAUGGGAUGCUAUGAACGGCCAGUUAUUGGAGCGACUAGAAGGCCACAAAGACAGUGUGUACUCUGUGGCUUUUAUGCCGGAUGGAAAGACGUUAGUCAGUGGUAGUUUAGAUAAAACAUUGCGGUUAUGGCAACUAGGAAACUCAAAACGACCUUGUAUUCAAGUUUUUUCGGGACACAAGGAUUUUGUCUUGUCAGUUGCUACUACGCCGGAUGAUCGCUGGAUUAUCUCGGGCUCAAAAGACAGAAGCGUACAAUUCUGGGAUCCACGAACAGGACAAACUCAGUUUAUGUUGCAAGGACACAAGAAUUCAGUGAUAUCUGUGGCCACAAGUCCCGGUAGAAGACCUUUGUUUGCUACAGGGUCAGGUGAUAAUCGUGCUCGAAUUUGGCGCUAUGAUCCUUAUUCUACUCCUUCAUCUUGA